AUGCGAACGACUGGUUUGGCUUUGCUCUCGUUGUGUGUGCUUGGGAGUCAGGCCCAACAGAUCUGGGACAUUUGGGAAACAGCCUACGAUCAGUCCGUCCUCUUCGAGCGUCAAUAUCCAUCGGAUCUUCCUAUCAAUUUUGUCACUCCGGGUGCGAUUGGCGCGGCGGACAUUGUGGUCGAUGACUCCACCCUUUAUCAACCUAUUGACGGGUUUGGAGGAGCGCUCACCGAUUCGGCCGCAUAUAUUCUUUCUCAACUGAAGGAAACUAAUUCCGACAACUAUUGGACUCUGCUUGAUACCUUGUUUGACCCAACGGAUGGCGCAGCAACCGCCGCCCUCACGUUCCUCCGCAUCCCGCUCGGCGCUUCCGACUUCAGCCCCUACGUGUACAGCUACAACGACGCGAACGACACGACACUCUCCGAGUUCAGUAUCGACGUCGCCCCCUCCUACCUAUGGUCCACGCUCACCGACAUCCAGUCCAUUGGCGGCGCACAGCUCAAGAUCAUCGUAGCUCCCUGGUCGGCACCGGGCUGGAUGACCUCUACGGGCACGAUGCUGGGUGGCACGUUCUUGAGCCAGUAUACGGACGUAUUGGCGCAGUACCUGCUUAUGUCUGUGCAGCAGAUAUACGAUAAGGGAUUCAACAUAUAUGCGGUUUCGAUUCAGAACGAGCCUGAGAAUAGCAACCCCACCUAUCCGACAAUGCUGCUUGAUCCAGACACAGAAGCGGCGGUCGCAACGCAGCUCCGCACGCUGCUGGACGACGCCGGUUUCGGGACAGUGCAGAUCUUUGCCUGGGAGCACAAUUGGGAUCAGGCGGCGAACUACCCAGUGCAGGCUGUAAACGACGACCCCAACGCAUUCGCAGGCGCGAGCUUCCACUGUUAUGCCGGCACGGUAGAGGAUCAGAUGUCCUUCUAUGACGCCUAUCCCGACAAGGGGAUUUGGUUCACCGAGUGUACUGGAGAAUUCGACAGUGCGAGUGCGUGGUGGAGCGACUUCAAGUGGAAUAUGGAGAACUUGAUGAUCGGCUCCCUUUCCUACUACUCCCGCUCCGUCGUCCUCUGGAACCUAGCAUUAGAUGGUACGGGCCAGCCCCUGCUUCCAGGUACUAACUCCUGCGGGGGCCCCGGCUGCCGAGGGAUCGUCACCGUAAACUCAGACGGCUCCUACCUGCUAAACCAAGAGUACUACGCCCUGGCGCAAGCCUCGCGUGCCGUGGUGCCUAAAGACCCGAGUGGACCUUUCGGGCAAAGGAUAGGCUCCAGCGUAGAAGGGACACUGGACUACGAGUUACUUGUCGGGGCGUACAAGACUGGCAGGAGCGAGGAGGCGGAUACGGACUGGAAUCGGUAUAGCUUGGUGGUGAUGAAUUGGGAUGAUGGGGAGAAUGGGGGCACGGCGAGUGCUGUGGAGACGACUAUUGAGUUCAGGGGGAUGCAAGCGACGUAUACCUUCCCAGUAGGGGUGACAACACUGUGGUGGUUUGCGGAGAACUGA